CUCCCGGACCCAGAGGCAUCCUAUUUCUGUCGCAGCAUUUCCCUCUCACCAUACCAUAAUUCUCUGACGAGGAUCACAAAUACGUACAAACCAAGCUAACCAGGCAGUCAGAAAUCGGUAUGGCUUCAGCAGCGCGCAAUGGUGCGGCCGCGGCGGCGCUCAUGGUGGCCGUCUCCGUCCUGGCACUGGCCGCCGCCGGCAGCGCGCAGCUGCAGUACGGGUUCUACAAGGGCAAGUGCAACGGCACCGACGUGGAGGCGCUGGUGCAGAGUAUCGUCAGGGCCCGCUUUGCGCGCGAGAACCCCAUCGUCGCCUACCUCCUCCGCAUGCAGUUCCACGAGUGCGCCGUCAAUGGCUGUGACGGUGGUUUGCUGAUCGACGGCCCCGGCACCGAGAAGACGGCGCCGCCGAACCUCAGCGUCAAGGGCUACGACGUCAUCGCGGCCGUCAAGGCGGAGCUGGAGCGGAAGUGUCCCGGCGUCGUGUCCUGCUCCGACAUCCAGAUCCUCGCCACCCGGGACGCCGUGGCGCUGGCCGGCGGGGCCGCGUACGCGGUGCGCACGGGGCGGAGGGACCGCCGCCGGUCGCUGGCCCCCGACGUCAGGCUCCCGGCGCCCGAGUUCACCGCGGCGCAGAUGGUGGCGUACUUCGGCGGGCUGGGCCUGAGCGCGUUCGACGCGGUGCUGCUGCUGGGCGCGCACACCGUGGGCGCCACGCGCUGCAGCGCGAUCAAGGGCAGCCGGCUGUACCGGUACGGCGGCAGGGCCGGCGCCACGGACCCCGGCAUGGACCCGGGCUACGCGUUCGUGUACAAGAACUACGUGUGCCCCAACGUGCCCUCGUCGGACAACAACGCCGUGUUCCUGGACGACCAGUGGAGCGCGCUCAAGCUGGACAACCACUACUACAGGAACCUGCAGCAGCGCCGCGGCGUGCUCGCCUGCGACCAGAACCUGUACAGCGACGGGUCCACGCGCUGGAUCGUGGACCUGCUCGCCAAAGACAGCGGCCUCUUCACCUCGCUCUUCCCCAAGGCGCUCGUCAAGCUCAGCGAGGUCAACGUGGUCACCGGCACGCAGGGGGAGAUCCGAAAGGUCUGCAACAGAUUCAACUGAGGAUCCGCCAUCAUAUUGAUCUUCACCCUCUUUGGUCUUCUUCGUCAUUCCUGCUUACUUUUCUAUGGAGUACAUGGUUUGAUCGUCUGAUACUGUUGCCCUUCUCCUUCCCAUUUGCUUCAUUUCCGCGUCAAGUUUGAUUCAUUCUUUUUGUAACAUGAUGUUGGAUUUAAUUUGUAAUAACAAACAUGAUGGGUUAACGUACCCCGUGUAUGGUAAAUCUCAGGAAUUCAAGUGAAACUUUUAGCUUUUGACUCAA